GAAAGAAUUAUAUAAACCUUUUUAGAACAAUCUCCUCUAACCUUCUUUCAUUUUUAUUCGCUCAACAGCCAAAAACCAAAAACUUAUUGAAGCUUUCUCUCCUUCAGUAACAAAAACCCACCAAAAGUUUCUCUUUUCGAUUUCUUACUCUGAAAUUUCCAAAACCUUUUCAAUCGAGCCCUUGUGUGCUGUGGAUCGAGAACCAUGUGUGGAGGAGCUAUUAUCUCCGACUUCAUCUCGACGACGGGGCCACCGCGGUCGAAGCGUCUCACCUCCAACUACCUCUGGCCGGAUCUCAAGAAAUCCAGCUCUGGCAAGCGUUUCUCGAAGAAAACUCAUAUGAGAUCGGAAAUCGUUGAUCUUGACGAUGAUUUCGAGGCCGAUUUCCAGGGUUUCAAGGAUGAAUCUGAUGUUGAGGAUUUUGAUGAUGUUGCAGUGGAUGUUAAGCCUUUUGCUUUCACAGCUCGCAACACGCCAACCUUAUCUCGCGGUUCCACAACUGUGAAAUAUACAGAAUCUGAUGGGUUAGCUGAAAAAUCUGCAAAGAGAAAAAGGAAGAACCAAUACCGGGGAAUUCGUCAGCGUCCAUGGGGUAAGUGGGCUGCGGAAAUCAGAGACCCAAGGAAAGGGGUCCGUGUUUGGCUCGGAACUUUCAACACUGCCGAAGAAGCUGCAAGAGCUUACGAUGCUGAAGCUCGGAGAAUCCGUGGCAGUAAAGCAAAAGUGAAUUUCCCGGAUGAAACUCCGCGUGCUUCCCCUAAAUGUUCAGUUAAGGAUAAUCUUAGGAAAUCACUACCCAAGGCGCACGUUGUCCAAUCGUUUGAGUCCAAUAUGAACACAAAUUUCGAUCUUGGAAACAACUCAGAUCAGGAUUACUACAGUGCAAUGGGGUUUCUGGAAGAGAAACCACUUACCAAUCAAUAUGAUUAUGUGGAGUCUCUUCCUGCAAAUCCAGAGGCUGCACUUAAACUCAGUCCAGCUACUACUACCACCCCCGUGUAUUUUAGUUCCGAUCAGGGUAGCAAUUCCUUUGAGUGCUCUGACUUUUGUUGGGGAGAACGUGGCUCUAAGACUCCAGAAAUCUCCUCUGUUUUUUCGGGUACAUUAGAAAGUGAUGACUCCCUGUUUCUGGAGGAUGCUAGCCCGAUGAAGAAGUUGAAAACUGACUCAGAGAAUGUGGUCCCACAAGCUGAAGAAAAUAAUUCAAAGACUCUGUCGGAGGAGCUGUCCAGCUUUGAGUCUCAGAUGAAGUACUUUCAGAUGCCGUAUCUUGAUGGAAACUGGGAUGCUACUUCUUUUGAAUCUUUACUCACUGGUGACACAACUCAGGACGGAGGAAACGCAAUGAAUCUUUGGAGUUUUGAUGACUUCACCAUGUCUGGUGAAGUAUUCUGAGCAAGUUCCCCAGCUUUGCUAGUUUAUGUAAAUAAGGCUACAUGUUAGUGAGUGUCAACUGUCAUUCCCUUUUUUUAGCAUGUUUCUUGGAUUUAAUUCAGGACAAAAGUCAUGAUUUAUUACCUUGUUUUUAUGGAAAAUCAAAAUCAAUUUUGGUACGUGCAGGAAUUGUUCAUCUGGAGGUGGAGUACACAAAACAGUUAAAACAUGCAUAAGCCUUUGUAUGGAAGAGUGAUUGAAGGUAGCUAUCAUUGUAUGGCGAGUAUAUAGAUAUUAGCUUUUACUUCUUACCUUCAAGACAAUGAACUCGUGUUGCUCAAUUUUAUGUCUGUAUCAAUGAAUCUGUGAUUUGUGAUGAAUAUACUAAGACCUGAUAAUUGUCAAA